AUGAGAGGCCUUCUUUUCUGGCCACUACUCAUGUGGCUGCUCCUUCUCCAGCCCUGGGAAACUCAGCUCCACCGGGCAGGUACCAGGUGCCACACUGGACCGCUGGAUUUGGUGUUCGUGAUUGACAGCUCCCGCAGCGUACGCCCUUUUGAGUUUGAGACGAUGAGGCAGUUCCUGGUGGGCCUCCUCCGUGGCCUGAACGUGGGGCCCAAUGCCACGCGCGUCGGCGUGAUCCAGUAUUCGAGUCAAGUGCAAAGCGUCUUCCCGCUCGGCGCCUUCUCGCGCGCUGAGGACAUGGAGCGUGCCAUUCGUGCUCUGGUGCCGCUGGCUCAGGGCACCAUGACUGGGCUGGCAAUCCAGUACGCCAUGAACGUGGCCUUCAGCGUGGCUGAGGGCGCGCGCCCGCCAGAGGAGCGCGUGCCGCGCGUUGCUGUCAUCGUGACAGAUGGGCGGCCCCAGGAUCGCGUGGCUGAGGUGGCAGCUCAGGCGCGUGCUCGCGGCAUUGAAAUUUAUGCUGUGGGGGUGCAGCGAGCAGAUGUGGACUCCCUGCGCGCCAUGGCGUCGCACCCGCUAGACCAGCACGUCUUCCUCGUUGAGUCCUUCGACCUCAUCCAGGAGUUUGGCCUGCAGUUCCAGGGCCGGCUGUGUGCCAUUGAUCUGUGUGCUGAAGGGACCCACGGAUGUGAGCACCACUGUGUCAAUUCCCCGGGCUCCUAUUUCUGUCGCUGCCAAGCUGGCUUUGUACUCCAGCAGGACCAGAAGAGCUGCAGGGCCAUUGACCACUGCAGCUUCAGGAACCACAGCUGUCAGCACGAGUGUGUCAGCACCAUUGCUGGGCCACAGUGCCGCUGCAGAGAGGGCCACGACUUGCUGCCCGAUGGGAGAAGCUGCCAGGUUCGGGACCUAUGUAACGGUGUGGACCAUGGCUGCGAGUUCCAGUGUGUGAGUGAGGGCUUCUCAUAUCGCUGCCUGUGCCCUGAGGGGCGUCAACUUCAGGCAGAUGGCAAGACCUGUAACCGAUGCCGAGAAGGCCACGUGGACCUCGUUCUGCUCGUCGAUGGCUCCAAGAGCGUGCGUCCGCAGAACUUCGAGCUGGUGAAGCGCUUCGUGAACCAGAUUGUAGACUUCCUGGACGUGUCCCCCGAGGGCACGCGCGUGGGUCUGGUGCAGUUCUCCAGCCGUGUGCGCACCGAGUUCCCGCUGGGCCGCUACGGCACUGCAGCAGAGGUGAAGCAGGCGGUCCUCGCUGUGGAGUACAUGGAACGCGGCACCAUGACAGGCCUGGCGCUGCGGCACAUGGUGGAGCACAGCUUCUCCGAGGCGCAGGGAGCGCGGCCUCGCGCCCUCAACGUGCCUCGUGUGGGCUUGGUCUUCACCGAUGGUCGCUCCCAGGAUGACAUCUCCGUGUGGGCAGCGCGCGCCAAAGACGAAGGCAUCGUCAUGUACGCCGUGGGCGUGGGCAAGGCGGUGGAGGAGGAGCUGCGGGAGAUCGCCUCUGAGCCCGCUGAGCUGCAUGUGUCCUACUCCCCGGACUUCAACACCAUGACGCACCUGCUGGAGAACCUCAGAGGAAGCAUCUGCCCGGAAGAGGGCAUCAGCGCGGGGACAGAGCUCCGGAGUCCGUGCGAAUGCGAAAGCCUCGUGGAAUUCCAGGGUCGCACGCUGGGGGCGCUCGAGAGCCUGACGCACAACCUGGCCCAGCUGACUGAGCGCCUGGAAGAUCUGGAGAAUCAGUUAGCCAACCAGAAGUGA